AUGGCAGACGAGAGUAAAAGAUUUAUUGGCGCAGCCAGGAAUUCAAAAAGGGUUGCGCGAUUUAAACCUAACGGGAUUGAAGACGAUGAUUGGCAAGAUCUGCAGGAACGGGCGGCCGGGACGAUUCGGUUGUGCCUUGCAGAUGAAGUUAUGUAUCACGUUAUGCAUCUCAAAUCGGCGGAUGAGAUCUGGAAGAAACUGGAAUCGCAGUUCAUGUCGAAAACCCUAACGACAAAACUGUAUCUAAAGCAGAGGUUAUACGGGCUGAAGAUGCAGGAGGGGACCGAUUUAGGGCAACAUGUACAUAUCUUCAAUCAGGUUGUCACGGAUUUGGCUUCACUCGAAGUCAAGAUUGAAGAACAAGGCGAUGAUUUUACCGUGUUCAUUACCUCUUUCUUACGAACAUAUGGUGACUACCCUUAUAUAUGGGAAACAAACGAUCAAGACUGGAGGAAAACUGUGACGUGUUAUAAGUGCCAGGAACAGGGGCACUUCAAACGGGAUUGCCCAAAGUGGAAGAAACAGACUGUUGAUAUGUCAUCCAAGUCUGCGAAUGUGGUACAAAAUGAGGAAUCUGAUUGCAGUGAUGGAGAUAUGUUAUCUAUUUCGACUGUGCAGUAUGAUGAUGCUUGGAUUCUCGAUUCUGGAUGUUCAUAUCAAAUAACGCCUAACAAAGAGUGGUUUGCUACUUAUAAACCAGCAGUUCUUGAUAAGGGAGAGAGUUCGAGUUAUGCACCUGAUAAUGUUGAUCAUGAUGUUUUUGGCCCAACUGAUGUGCCAGAGAGCUACAAGUUAGCUCGGGAUAGAUUGAAGCGUACCAAUAUACAAGCUCCAGUCAGGUUUGGUUAUGAAGAUAUGGUCUCAUUUUCUCUUACGAUCACUAGUGUGGAUCUUGUACUUUCCAGGAGGCCGUUUCUUGUGAGAAUAAUGAUAGAUGGAAGGCUUCCAUGGAAGAAGAUAUGA